AUUCUGUAGGGAAAUUCCCUCCUUCUCCUUAUUCUUUCAGUGAGCACAAGAAGAGAAAGGACAAAUCUCUGCUGAAAGCCCCCUGAUAGAUCACGGUUUUUUUAAACGCUGCUGAGCAUUGCUGGCUUUUUGACCACAUUCCUGAAAAAUAAACCUCUGUCUCCCUUGUGAUUUACAGCUCUCAGAGAAAGACAAGCCCUAUGUGGAUAUCCAGGGCCUGACAGCCUCCACCAUGGAAAUCCUGCUGGACUUUGUGUAUACAGAAACUGUUCACGUGACAGUAGAAAACGUCCAAGAGCUGCUCCCAGCGGCGUGUCUGCUCCAGCUGAAAGGUGUGAAACAAGCUUGCUGUGAGUUUCUAGAAAGCCAGCUGGAUCCAUCAAAUUGUUUGGGCAUUCGGGAUUUUGCUGAGACACACAAUUGUGUUGAUCUAAUGCAAGCUGCAGAGGUCUUCAGCCAGAAACAUUUUCCAGAGGUGGUUCAGCAUGAAGAGUUUAUCCUCUUAAAUCAAGAAGAGGUUGAAAAGCUCAUCAAGUGUGAUGAAAUUCAGGUGGACUCUGAAGAGCCGGUUUUUGAGGCAGUUAUCAACUGGGUGAAGCACUCGAAGAAGGAGCGGGAGGCGUCGCUGCCCGAGCUGCUGCAGUACGUGCGAAUGCCGCUGCUCACCCCCCGCUACAUCACAGACGUCAUCGACACCGAGCCAUUUAUACGAUGCAGUCUGCAGUGCAGAGACCUCGUAGAUGAAGCUAAGAAAUUUCACCUUCGGCCCGAGCUCCGGAGUCAGAUGCAAGGACCUAGGACAAGAGCACGUCUAGGAGCUAAUGAAGUCCUGCUUGUGAUCGGCGGCUUUGGCAGCCAGCAGUCACCUAUUGAUGUAGUGGAGAAAUACGACCCGAAGACUCAGGAGUGGAGUUUCUUGCCAAGCAUCACCCGUAAGAGGCGCUACGUUGCCACAGUGUCCCUGCACGAUCGCAUCUAUGUGAUCGGGGGCUACGACGGUCGCUCCCGGCUCAGCUCGGUGGAGUGCUUGGAUUACACCUCAGAUGAGGACGGUAUCUGGUACUCCGUGGCUCCGAUGAACGUACGGCGAGGCCUGGCAGGAGCCACCACCCUUGGAGACAUGAUCUAUGUUUCCGGUGGGUUCGACGGCAGCCGGCGGCACACCAGUAUGGAGCGCUACGACCCCAACAUCGAUCAGUGGAGUAUGCUGGGAGACAUGCAGACAGCGCGGGAAGGCGCGGGGCUUGUUGUAGCUAAUGGAGUUAUCUACUGCCUCGGGGGCUACGAUGGGCUGAACAUCCUGAAUUCUGUCGAGAGGUACGAUCCCCACACUGGACACUGGACGAAUGUCACCCCGAUGGCCACUAAGCGCUCAGGGGCUGGAGUGGCUCUGCUGAAUGACCACAUUUACGUGGUGGGCGGGUUCGACGGGACGGCACAUCUCUCCUCUGUGGAAGCCUAUAACAUCCGCACUGAUUCCUGGACCACUGUAACGAGCAUGACAACCCCGCGCUGCUACGUGGGGGCCACGGUGCUGCGGGGACGGCUCUACGCCAUCGCUGGGUACGAUGGCAACUCACUGCUGAGCAGCAUUGAGUGCUACGAUCCCAUCAUUGACAACUGGGAAGUGGUGACCUCCCUGGGGAUGCAGCGCUGUGACGCUGGAGUCUGCGUCCUUCGGGAGAAGUGAUCUGGAGGGACCUUGGCAAGAACAUGCUGAAAAGUCUCGGCUGGAGGAAGAGUCCAAAGUGGUUUGCAGUGACUGUUGUUGAGAGUCGUGGAUGCUGUGGAAAUAAGCACCAGACCAGCAGCUUUCUGUGCUGCUUUUGACUAGAGCAUGUGCAUAAACGUGUUAUCUCAGCAGUCAUUCAAAAUCGGGGGCUCUGUGAAGGUUGUGAAGCAGGUCAGGAGAAGCUGCGCUCUCUGCUGUUCCUGUGGCUAAGUCUAUUGGCAGAGCAGAGAUGCCCCCAGCCUUGGUGUCAGCCAACCUCGUGAAUUGCUUCCAAGGAUGUGUACAUACAACUGGGUGGUCUCUUCAGCCACUGCAGUACCACACAGGUCCUGUGGUUGCUUUUGGCCGUGUGGAUGUGUGAGGGUGAACCCAGCUGCUCUUAUGUUUUGGCUACAAAUCAUCUUGUACAUACUGAAUGUUUAAACAUUGCUCCUCAAGCGCACAUCAGUGCAGAGCCAAAUUGAGCGAGCGUGUAUAAGUGGGUCCUGCACUGUAGCUACGUCUGCAGGUUCCUCACAGGUCUGCACACAGGAGUUGCAGAUUUAAGCUGUGAACUACUGAGACCCAGAAGCCCUUGGCUGCAGGGGACAGAGGGCAGGGAGAAAGCUCAUUGCCUGGUGUAGGAGCAGGUCUGCAGCGUUUGUGCUCUGAUCGGGGGCUCAGCAAGGUUCAGCACAUCUCACUUCCCCCCAAAAAGCUUGACAGCAGCUGCAAAGAGCUGCGUUUCCUGGCAGUAGGAGCCUUGCUGUGCUGUGGCAGUGCCUUUGCUCCCACCCCUAUGGGGAGGUCACCUUGGAGAGGUCAAGGCCCUGAAAGCAGGGACACGAUCGCUGCUGUCGCGUGGAUUUUGCUGGUGGGUGAGCGAGUGGGGUUUGCCUGCGGACAGACGUGUCCAGCACAUCCCCAUCAGCCUCUCAAUCCAGUUCAUGGUGUGGAUUUUCCUUUCAUGUAGGAUUGUUCUGCUUCCAGGGCUGUUGUGGGGUGACAUCCAGGACUCCCUCCUGCCCUUUGUUCUCAGCUCUUUAUCCCCCUGCCUUGGAACUCCGCACCCUCUUACAGGAGCUGUCCUUCGCCUGCCCCGAGUGAGAGCUUCGCCGGAGCCCUCCCUCCUCAGCAUGUCCCCUGCCUUGCUGCGUUUCUGGGAGCACGGGCUCCGUGUAGUGCUGCUCGUUGAGCUUACUGCCGACUCCUCGCCUGGGGGACAGGGUGGGAUCAGGGACGUGGUAGCAUGACUCCAUGAAGCACUUUCAGGCACUGCUCUGCCCUUCUGCGUUUGUUUCUCUCCCACCCGUGUUCCGUGGUUUGGUUUCCUAUGUUUAUUUUUUAAUGAAGAUAUAAAGAAUAAAAUAUUUCCUGAGCCAGUG